AUGUCAACAUCUGCAUCCUCGUCCAGUGCAUCUGCUGCAUCCUUCUCAUCAAAACCUGCAAUAUCAAAUUCACAAGCAUAUAACAAUUACAAGAACAUUCGAUUUAGAUUAAUUCCACAUGUACUAAUAACCUUCUUACAUAUAACACUUUCUACACUUUGUUUAUUUUAUUUGCCACACGGACAUCUUUUUGAUGAUCCAUUAGAAAGUUUAAAUGUUACCAUCAAGUUACUUUUCAUUGAACAAAUUUUAUGCGAAACAAUCAGGUGGUUUGCAUACUUGGAAUACGAAGAGAAGAUUGGCAGAGAUCAGACAAACAAUGGAUUUACAGCAAAGAUUGUAAAUCUAAUAAAGACGAGAUCAGCCGCAAUUUUGGGGUAUUUAAUAUUUGGUGAAUUGCUUAAUUUACAAUGGUGGCUUGGAGCAAGUUUAAUUGUGAUAGGCACAGCAAUUGUGUUGAUGAACAAUCACAGUGAUAAUAGUAACAGCGACAAUAAUAAUGACAAUAUUGACAAUGUUGUGAGAUCGAUGAAGUAA